CUUUGGUGCAGAUAGCGGUAUUUCCUGCUUCAACCAGGAAUCAUGCUGACGUUGACAGUUCUUGUGCUUUUGGCUGUGACUGCCACUCCGGGUGACGCCUGUGGAGGUACAAUGACGGCGACCUCGGAAGGACAGGAAUUCAACUCGACUAACUAUCCCUACGACUAUUCCAACAACGAGAAUUGUGAGUGGAUUUUCAAUGCCGGGCCCGAUGGGUGGCUGUAUUUGGGGUUUGCCACUUUUGACAUAGAGGAUCAUUCCUCGUGUAAUUAUGACUAUGUCAAGGUCUUUGACGGCGAUACCGAAUUGGGGAAAUUCUGCGGAAAUACCAGACCAGCGGACUUCAUCAGGAACACUGCUUCGUUGAGGGUGGAGUUUAGAACGGACAGCUCUAUUGCAAAAGGUGGUUUCCGAGCAGGAUUCGUCAUGGGGCCAGCGCCAACAACAACGCCAGCGCCAGCAACAACGACAACAACCCCCAGUCCAAAUGGCUGUGGCGGGACACUGACUGCGACGGCGACAGUUGGAAUAUUCCAGUCUCCAGAUUACCCUUCAAAUUACCCUCACAGUCAGAACUGUGAAUGGACCAUCAGCACUGAGCUGGAUGACCCAAUCACUUUGACUUUUGAUGUUUUCUCUCUGGAAUCCCAUUCUUCGUGCAAUUAUGAUGCUGUCGAAAUAUUUGAAGUUUCUGGUGGACAAGAGACUUCAAAGGGAAAAUAUUGCGGAACCAAUCGCCCAGAUGAAAUCAUUCUCUAUGAUGGAAGUUUCAAAGUUGUUUUCACGUCAGACAGCUCUGUGUCCAAUACAGGAUUCAGUGCAAGUUUCGUCAGCAGGCCUAUUACUUGUGAAUCGCGUGGUGGCUCGUGCGUGGCGUCACUGGCAGACUGCGAAAGCGGAAGAGUAAAUGAUCUAGCUUCUUGCCCACAGUCAGCUGAUGUCUGUUGUCUACCAUCGAUAUCCCCAUCUAACUGUGGCCGGUUACCAGCGUCAACACGUAUUGUUGGAGGGGAUGAUUCUGAGGAACAUGCGUGGCCCUGGCAAGUCUCUCUUCAGACAACCUCGAGCAGUUUCCAUUUCUGUGGUGGAUCUUUGAUUAAUGCCCAGUGGGUUAUAACAGCCGCACAUUGCGUCGAAGGUGAACAAACCUCAGCUUUUAAGGUUGUUUUGGGUGAACAUCACAGAGAACAGACUAGUGGUAAUGAAGUGGAAAGGGGCGUGGCAAGGUUUAUCAUGCAUCCCCAGUACGAUGGAAGCGGUGCUGGGUUUCCCAAUGAUAUCGCUCUGGUGAAACUCGCCAGUCCCGUGAGUCUGGACGGACCCCAUAUGAGGGCGGCGUGUCUGCCGGAACCCGGCGAGGAAUAUUCUGCAAGUGACGAGUGCUGGAUAACUGGAUGGGGAGAUACCAAGGGCACUGGCAAUGAGCAAAUACUCCAGGAACUCAGAGUUGACAUAAGAGACAGAGAAACCUGUCGCAGCAACUGGGGUUCAGGCUAUAUCCGUGACACUCACGUCUGUAUUAAUGAUGGGACAACCGGUGCUUGUAACGGGGACAGCGGCGGUCCUUUGGUGUGUUUGGCUAGAAGUGGGUCUGGCCUAUGGAAUUUGGUGGGAGCAACAUCUUGGGGUCGCACUGGUUGCCAAACGGCGGGGUAUCCUAGCGUUUAUACCCGCGUGUCUGAAUUCCGCGACUGGAUCGAGGAGCAGAUUUUGGCAGACAAUUAAGAAAUUGCGUAAAACGCUACGCAAAGUUUGCAUCAGCCUGAUUAAAUUUUUAAGUUGAAUUGUUGAUUUUGCAGUAGACUGUCAAUACCAAUAUUGGUUUGUACUGUGAUUUGUGCUUUUGCCUGUCAAAAUAAAACUCGUUGCUAAUCAU